CCGUUCAAAUCCUAAAUUAUUUGCCCUUUCUUCCAUUCUUGCCCUUGUUCUACCCUACAUCAUCGAACAUAAGUAUUGAAAUUGAGAUUGCUCGCAUCAUGAAACGUUGCAUGAUUGAGACUCUAUCAUCAGUUACAAAUACUGAGUUUAAUUCUUUAAUUUUUAUCAUGGAGUGUGUAAUCAAUUUCAUAAUUGAUUGUCCAUUCAAUUUUCGCAUUGAAUGCAAUUGAAGACGUGGGUUGAAUCCCAUUUAACCCUUUCAUCCAUAGAAUUCUAGAACCCUUCAUAUGUAUCACUUCUGUAUCAGUGACUUGAACUGUCCAUUAUCAAGCACAAAUCAUCCAGUCUUUGAGAUGCGUAUUACUAGGGUUUAGACUGUUCACCUGACCGGAAAAUUAUGCCACUGUUUUGCUGGCCACUGGUGCUAUUGCUUCCUUGCCGGUCUCACCAGGUCAAAGAGAUAUGGGUGGACCAAAAAAGGGUAGACGAUGCUACGUCAACGUUAUUCGCCACAAAACCUUGCGACGAUACAGGGAAACCCUAAUUUGAUAGUUUCGCAACACAUAUGGUGUGGUUCUGGUUCCUGUAGUGUAGCGGCUGGUAGGUUGUUUAAAGGAUUACAUGUGCCUUUUUUGAGUGAAAGUUGAGUAUGUUAUAUGUAUUUAUGUGAAAUUUUGAUUGGAGAUAGUGAAUUUAUCUAUUAAAAGCAUGUUAGAUCUUGAUUACGUUUGAGUCAUUUGCAGUUAUAUGUGAUAUUAUAAUUGGUCAUUUCUCCUCUUUGACAAGGAAGGAAAGUAUGAUCAUACUUGUGUAGUCCCUCUCCAACACGAUUCAUCAACCAGUGGUUCAAGACAGAUAGAGAUACUGGAAUUUUCUUUAAAUCAUUUGGCACAUGGUUGUCAAAAGCUUAUUAAGCUCAAUAUCAGCGGAUGCUCUUCGUUAACGCUCUUGCAUAUCUAAGUAGUUACUGCAGAGAAUUGAAAGUUUUGAAUCUUUGUGGAUGCGUAAAAGGUGCACCUGAUCAGGCAUUGAAGGCAAUCGGAUACAACUGUAGUCAACUUCAGUCAUUGAACCUAGGAUGGUGUGAGGAAGUUGGUGACGCUGGGGAAACGAGUUUAGCGUAUGGCUGUCACGAUCUGCAUGCACUCGACUUAUGUGGUUGCGUUCUUAUAACAGAUGAGAGUGUCAUAGCCCUAGCAAACAAUUGCCUGCAUCUAACAUCUUUAGAUCUCUACUACUGUCGAAACAUCACCGACCGAGCGAUGUACGCGUUGGCACAUAUUCGAGUGAAAAACAGGAACCAAAUGUGGGAUGGGGUUAAAACCGGGGAUGAGGAUGAAGACGGGCUCAUGAGUCUCAACAUCAGUCAAUGCACUGCUUUAACACCGCCAGCGGUUCAGGCUCUAUGUGAUUCAUUUCCAGCGCUUCAUACAUGCCCGGGUAGGCAUUCACUUAUCAUAAGUGGUUGUUUGAAUCCAACUUCAAUUCCUUGUGCAUGCGCUUUCCAAGCGCAUCAUGAGGUUAACACACUUACUCAUCAUGCUUAUUGAACAUCAGGGGCGGUCAAGUGGUUAGAUCGGUUUGGUUCUUCAUGUUUUGAGUUUAGGUAUUAGAACCAGUACCAGACAUGUAAUUGGACCCAUGUAAUUAGGAGAAUGUGUAAUUUUAUCUUUCAUUAUUGUUUUUUAUGCCCUCACAAAUUUAGUUUUUUUUUUUU